AGACUGCAGUCCAUGGGAUCGCAAGAGAGUCAGACACAACUUAGAGACAAAAGCAACAAUAAUAGAAGAAAAUAUAACCUGGGCAUAGGAAAGAUUUUUUAGCCAUAAAUCAAAAUUCAGAUGCAAUAAAAGACUGAUAAAUUCUGACCAUAUGAAAAUAAAAAGACUUUGGCUUGCAAAGAAAUUUUUCCAAAAACUAAUAUAAAACACCAUUACCAAUGCCACAAAACAACUGAUAAAAAGUCUACAAGCCAAGGGGUGAUAUUCCCAAAAUAUUAAACACACUUAAAAAUUGAGGGACUAGAGACCAAAAUGUAACAGAAAAUAGACAAAAGAUAUAAAUAAUUCACACAGAAGUAAGAUUUAAAAAAAAUGUUUUUUGCUCUUUCUGCCAUCUUUCUGUGCCGCCAGAAUGGUGCGCAUGAAUGUCCUGGCUGAUGCUCUCAAGAGUAUCAACAACGCCGAAAAGAGAGGCAAACGCCAGGUGCUUAUUUGGCCGUGCUCCAAGGUCAUCGUCAGGUUUCUAACAGUGAUGAUGAAGCAUGGUUACAUUGGCGAAUUUGAAAUCAUUGAUGAUCACGGGGCUGGGAAAAUGGUUGUGAACCUCACAGGCAGGCUAAAUAAGUGUGGAGUGAUCAGCCCCAGAUUUGAUGUGCAACUCAAAGAUCUAGGAAAAUGGCAGAAUAACCUGCUCCCAUCCCGUCAGUUUGGUUUCAUUGUACUGACAACCUCAGCUGGCAUCAUGGACCAUGAAGAAGCAAGACGAAAACAUACAGAAGGGAAAAUCCUUGGAUUCUUUUUCUAGGGAUGUAAUAAGUACAAAUAAAAUGCCUUAG